UCUCCAAUAAUCAAACGGUAUUUCAUUUCAACUAUUUAUUCGCUCAACUAAUCGAUGCAUCAAUUGAUCACUAAAUUGAUGAUUAAAUUGAUGACCAAUUGAUGACUAUUUGAUAACCAUUUGAUUAUUAAAUGUAUCGAUAAAUAGAUUUUACAUUUUAGUCCAUUGAAUAUGACUUAUGACACCAAUUGAAUGUUAAUUAAUGAUAAAUGUAUUAACCGUUUAAAUAAUGAGUGAAUUGUAUACAACAUAUGUAUUACUUGUAAUUAUAACACAGUUUUGAAAACUAAUUAAUAUUUAAAAAUUAAAGAUUAAAUCAAUUGGUGUCACAAAUGGAUGAAGAAUUAAGACAAAUGGUGUUAAAACAUAUGAAAGAUUUAAUACCAGGUUUUGUUCAUUUGGUGGAAAUGAUUAAAGAUCGUCUGUAUUUGGCAACUGUUAGACCUAAUGUUAUCAACACAUUGAAGACCAAAAGCAGUUCAGUUGUUAACUACUUAUGUAUUGAUGACCAACUUCUUUACGAAGGAUUUGAUGCAGACUUCGGACCACUCAAUGAGGCCAUGCUUUACAAGUAUUCUCAGAAAAUCAAUAAACUUCUUAAAUCACCUAAGAAGCGAAUAGUUCACUACACGACCACUGAAUGCAAAAAGCGAGUGAACGCCGCAUACCUUAUUGGGUCGUAUUGUAUAAUAUAUGACAAACAAAGUGCUGAAGAGGUCAAUGACAAGUUGUUGGACAAUAACUCUGCAAAUUUCAUGCCAUUCAGAGACGCGGCAUUUGGUCCCUGUAGUUAUCACUUGCAUCUCAUUGACUGCUUUAAGGCAAUUCAAAAAGCUUUAAGAUAUAAAUUUCUUGACUUUGAUAAGUUUAAUAUUGAAGAGUACCAAUAUUUUGAGAAGGUAGAGAACGGGGAUCUCAAUUGGAUUGUUCCCAAAAAGUUUAUAGCAUUUUGUGGCCCACACUCUAAGUCAGUGGUUGAGAACGGUUAUGCACUUCAUUCACCCGAAUCAUACUUUUCAUACUUUCGCGAACAUAAUGUUACGACUAUUAUAAGACUUAAUAAAAAGCUAUACGACGCCAACCGGUUCAUUGAUAAUGGCUUUAAUCACAGGGAUCUGUUCUUCAUUGAUGGAAGUACUCCCAGUGAUGCUAUUAUGAGAGAGUUUCUCGAAAUAUCUGAGAAUACUAAUGGAGCCCUUGCUGUUCAUUGUAAAGCGGGUUUAGGACGAACUGGAACUUUGAUUGCUUGUUAUAUUAUGAAACACUACAGAUUCACAGCCGCAGAAGCCAUUGCAUGGAUCAGGAUUUGUAGACCCGGAUCUAUAAUUGGAUAUCAACAACAUUGGCUACAAGAAAAAGAGACUUAUCUAUGGCUUCAGGGAGAUAUUCAUUUGAAUAAGAUAUCUAAUAAUAAUAAUAAUAAUAAUAAUUUUAACGUUGAUAAUAGUGAAGAUAUCAAUAAAAAUUAUUCUGAUGGUUCAUCACUUGUAAAAUGUCGUCUAUUAGACAAUGAUAACAAUACAAGUAUUGCACUCAACAUAAUAGCAGGAGAAGUAAAGGGUUUGAUUCUUAAUGAUGAUUCAACUAAUACUAAAAAUCAUGAAAGAGGUCGUAAACCACGUAAAAGUGCCACAAAUUUAAACACAUCUUUAAAUAAUGAAGUAGAGACUCAGGGAGAUGUACUCAAUAGGAUUAAAGCUCAGCGCAGAAAUGUCAGAUCUGCUACCACUACAACAAAUACUUUGAUACCUAUUAUUAUAGAUGACUGUAAAUCUCAUCGACGAUCUACUUCUCAACCAAAAGAAGACAUUUAUUUAUCACCUCAUAAAUCAUUAAAGUCUCCGAUUAAAAGCACUACUGUUUCCAUUUAUAACACGAGAUCUGUUAUAAAAAAAGGCAAAUUGCCUGCCAAUGAAAUGCCAGAAAUUAUCCAUAAAAUUGCAAACAAUUCAAAGGAUGACAUUUCUAAUGUUAAAUGUUUACAACAUAUCAAUGCAAACGCUAAUAUAUCAUCGAUUACUAAAACGACUCCAUCAAAAUCAUCCGUCAAACUAACAGUUGGCAAAUCAGUAGUUCGAUGACAUUCAGGCAACUUGUCGUGUAAAGCAAUCAAACGGUCCACUCGAGCUCAUAAUGAACCGCUUAGUCGCCAUAAGUCUACCCCAACCACUAAACCAUCGAUACCUUCAAAACAUACAUUUAUUAAAAAAUCACGAAAAUUGUGUCCAAAAAAAUGUAAAAAGGUUUGCAAAAAAACUAAUAAUAAAAGAAAAACGUCUCAUAUGUGUAUCUCUUGCGGAUCGACUAAAAAAAUUAAAAAAUGAUUUUAUUAAUUAAUAUAAUUUAUCUUACGU